AUGAGACAGCCUGUUGUUGUGUCUAAUGUUAGGGGUCUAGGUAGACCUUCUAAAAGAUUUCUUGUUAAAGACUCGCUUCUUCUUCAUCGCGCUCUAGUAUGCUGUAUUCAGGAAUCUAAACUUGACUCAGUUACUCCUGCGAUCUGGCGAUCUGUAGGAGGUAAUCACUUUGACGAUUACUGUUGGUCUCCUUCCCAUGGUUCCUCUGGUGGGAUGAUAAUUGGUUGGAACAGUUCCACUCUCAAGGGGAAACUGAUUCACUCCGGUAAAUUCUGCUUAACGGUUGAGUUUCAUAACUCACUUGAUGACGAGAACUGGCUAUGUACUUCCGUGUAUGGUCCUAAUGAUAAACACCUCAAACAAUCUUUCUGGAAUGAGAUCCGAUCUAGCAAUGGGGAUAAAAACCAAGGAGUCCCAUACAGAGAGGACAUCACACAGGCGCAAGCUCUUAUGCGCGACCUUAAUCUUGUGGAACCUCCUUCUGUGGGUAGACACUUCACUUGGACUAAUGGACAAGCUAACCCAACUUGUGUUAGGCUUGACCGUUUCCUUGUGAACCAAGACUGGUUGAACUGCCACCCUAGAAUCAACCAGUCUUGUCUCCCAAGAUUCGGUUCGGAUCAUGCAUCCAUUAAGCUUACCACUGGACAUCACAAUUUUAAUCAACAUCAAUUCAGAACUAAAUUGAGGGCCUGGGCUAAUACUACUUUUGGCUCUAUUAAAUUGCGGAAACUCAACACCCUCCAUGAAAUCGAAAAUCUUGAUGCGAUUAAGGAUACUCGUUGCCUUUCAGAAUCUGAACUCCAAAGAGAUUCUGAACUAAAGCAAACUCUGCACAACACUCUUAAUCUUGAGGAAACUCACAACCAAUCCAUUCUUAAGGAGACUAAAGACAUUGGAAGAGCCUUCACUUCCUUCUUUCGCUCUCAACUCGGUUCCAACAACACUUCUCGUCUUCACUUUGAUUGGAACAAAAUUUUUUUAAAUAAGGCUCGAAUUGAUCUCUUAGCCUUAGAAGCCCCGUUCGACCAAGAGGAAAUUAAAAAAGCUACUUUUGAUCUCGGUGCUGAUAAAGCGUCAGGCCCUGAUGGUUUUCCUAUGUUUUUCUUUCAGAAAUUCUGGUCUACCGUUAAAGAUGACUUGAUAACUCUUUGUCAAGAUUUCUACUUUGGUUCAGCUAAUCUGGAGCGAAUCAAUUGGGCAAACAUCGUCCUUGUUCCCAAGACUAAUUCACCUGAAUUUGUGUCCGAUUUUUGUCCCAUCAGCCUUAUCAAUUCUUCUCUCAAAAUCACCUCGAAAGUGCUUGCCUCCAGACUUGGCAAAGUCAUCGAAUCUCUUAUUGAGACUCAUCAGUCUGCUUUUAUUACGGGUAGAUGUAUUCUUGAUAAUAUUGUGGCGGCGGAGGAGACGAUCUCUAGCCUCCAAAAGCGCAGAACCAUGGGCAAUAUUAUAAAGGUUGAUUUCGCCAAAGCCUUUGAUAUGGUUAACUGGGAUUUCCUUCUUGACCUUUUGAUAGCUCGUGGUUUUGGGGAGCGUUGGAUUGGUUGGAUUGAAAGAUUGCUACACAAAAGAGGCCUCAGGCAAGGAGACCCCCUCUCCCCUCUCAUGUUCAUUCUUGUUGUUGAUGUUUUAAGUUCACUGUUCUCCAACGCCUUAGAUUCUGGAAUCCUUUAUGGGGUCCCCCUUGGCAGUCAGGGGAAGAUCUGUCAUCUUCAAUACGCAGAUGAUCUAAUUAUCUUAAUAGCUGGAGGGGCAGAAGACCUUCGAAUUAUAAAACUCAUUUUUUAUCUCUUCGAAGGGAUCUUUAGUUGUCUACCGGCGUUCAGAAAAUGUAUUUCUCACAAAAUCAAUAACGGUAACUCCACCCUCUUCUGGUAUGAUGGCUGGGUUGGUGGUAGGGCUCCUAUGGAUAUGUGGCCAGAAGACUUUGCCAGAACUCCAGACCCCGGGGCCACAGUCAAUGCUCUAGCUACCUCUUUCAUUCACAAACUUAAGGAGUGUGAUCCAUCCAUUGAGGAUAUUCUUCAAAAUCUUAAUGGUAAUUCCAAAGACCUUAAAAUUUGGAAUCGCUCUGCUAAUGGACGUUUCUCAGUUAAAUCUUUCUAUACCUUCUUGAUUGAUGGUGGUUCGCAUUGCCUCUCGAGCCAGCUCAUCUGGAAGGGUUUUUGCCCCAGAAAGGUGAAGGCUUUCACCUGGCUCGCCUGGGACAACAAGAUCCUUACCCUGGAAAAUCUAGCUAAAAGAAGAUAUCACAAAAGACAAAAAUUGGACGAGUCUGCACAUGCUGUCAAGAGAAGCCUGGAGUUUUCUGACCCAGGAAGGACUUUGGUGACAUGUGUCGUUGUUGGCGCU